AAAAAAUUUAUCACAAAACACCUAGUUAAGUUUAUAUACAAAAUAAUAAUAAUAAGAGAUUGAUACAAAUAAGAAACUUCUCAACCGAAAGAUGGGCCGUUGUAAAAGCCCAAUAGUGAGCCCAAAGGAAGUUUAAAAAGCUUUCUCGACCUAAACCCUUAUCUCUUAUCUCUAUUUUCCACCAAAGGUCCAAUUAGCCUCUCAAGCCCAAAUCUCUCUCUCUCUCUCUCUCUCUCUCUCUCCCUCCGCCGGACAUCCGCUCGAUUCCUCCGUCGCCACCGCGCCAGAUAUUUUUCAGUUUACGACGUAGCGCUUUCUUCCUCGCAGAAGCAAGAAAAACAAGAAGAUGGAAACAGCACUGGAGGUAUACAAUGACGUUGACAAGAGAUCACCAGAGACACAACCCAUCAAGCGACGCAAGAAGCAGUCAAAGGUCUGGGAACACUUCACUAUCCAGUUUACACAGCCAGGUUGCAGAAGGGCUUUCUGCAUAGGCUGUAACCAGAGCUUUGCUUACAGCAACGGCUCCAAAGUAGCUGGCACGAGCCAUCUCAAGCGUCACAUUGAUAAAGGCACUUGUCCUGCACUUGUUCAUCAUCAUAAUACCCAGGACAACAAUGAGAUGAUGACACCCCACACUGCCAAGAGUGAGAUACCCUACACAGAUAAGAGUGAGACACCUAGGAGGAGGCGUUGCCGAACCCAUGACACAAGUGCUUGUGUUGUGUUUGAUCAGGACAAGUGUCGCCAUGAGAUUGCCAAGAUGAUCACUAUGCAUGACUACCCUCUUCACAUGGUUGAGCAUCCAGGGUUCGUCUCCUUCGUGCAUACUCUCCAGCCUAACUUCUUUGACGCUCUCAGCUUCAACAAUGUUCAAGGAGACUGUGUGGCGACUUACCUUGCGGAAAAACAGAAUGUCAUCAGGUCUUUAGAAGGGAUCCCAGGACGCUUCUGUCUCACGCUGGACUUCUGGACAUCCAAGCUAACUCUUGGUUAUGUGUUUAUAACCUGCCAUUUCAUUGACAAUGAUUGGAAGAUACAAAAGAAGCUUCUCAACGUUUUGAUGGAACCUUAUCCAGAAUCUGAACAAGCUCUGAGUCUUGCUGUUGCUAAUUGUGUUUCUGAAUGGGGUCUGGAGGGCAAGUUGUUUAGCGUUACCUUCAACCAUCCGGCGAGUAAGCCUGCAGCUGAAAAUAUCAGACCUCUACUAUGCAUCAAGAACCCUGGGAUUCUGAAUGGUCAGAUGGUGAUAGGAAACUGCGUUGCGCGAACAUUCAGUGGCCUUGCUAAAGAUGUGCUGGAUAAAGGGAAAGAUGUGAUCAAGAAGGUCCGUGACUGUGUGAAGCACGUGAAAACCUCAGAGUCCCAUGAGGAGAGGUUUGUUGCGCUCAUGGAACAGCUUCAACUUCCAGGCGAGAAGGUACUUUCUCUUGAUGAUCAGACGCAAUGGGACACAACGUAUAAGAUGCUUGUGGCUGCUUCAGAGUUAAAGGAAGCGUUCUCUUGCUUAGACACUGCUGAUCCUGACUUCAAGCAACCUCCUCCUUCGACAGAAGAUUGGAGCCACGUGGAGACACUUUGCACACUCCUGAAGCCUCUUCUCGAAGCGGCCUCUACUCUUCAGACAACUGGAAGUCCCUCUGCUGUUACGUUCUUCCAUGAAGUGUGGAAGACGCACUCAGAUCUGUCUAGGUCCAUAGCCGGAGAUGAUCCUUACGUCGCGGGUAUUGCUAAAACCAUGAAAGAGAAGGCUGACAAGUACUGGAGAGAGUGUAGCUUGGUUUUGGCAAUGGCGGUUGUGAUGGAUCCUCGGUUCAAGAUGAAGCUCGUGGAGUUCAGUUUCUCCAAGAUAUUCGGUGAAGACGCUGGGAAGAACAUCAAUACCGUGGAUGAUGGGAUCCACGAGCUCUUCAGCGAGUACGUGGCACUCUCGGCCCCGGUGAAAGCGGCCUCUGAAGAUGAACUGUCAGAGUUCGACAAAUACAUAAUAAAGGAGACGGCAGGGAAGAAUCUGAAGUCAGAGCUGGACCAGUACCUUGAGGAAACGCUGUUACCACGGGUUCAGGAGUUUGAUGUUCUCGAGUGGUGGAAACAGAACAAGCUCAAGUUCCCAACAUUGUCGAAGAUGGCUAGAGACAUCCUCGCUAUUCCUGUCUCGGCUGCAGCCUUUGACUAUGUCUUUGACGUGGAACCGAGGGAGAUGGAUGAGUACAAGACGUCACUGAGGCCUGAGACUGUGGAGGCUCUUAUUUCCGCGAGGGAAUGGCUACGUGAGAGUGAUGCUUCUUCUGGAGCAGAUGUGCAAAUGUCAAGUGCUAUUGUCAAAGCUGAAACAUAGGUGCUUCUUUUGUGUGAUAUUGAGUACUAGUUGGAGAGGCGUUGACCCAAAUUUACAACAAACAAGACUCAUUGCAGGUUGAAGAUCAGUGUCAACUAUGUCGAUGAGUUCAUCUGUUUUUCUUGCACCAUUGUUGCAGGCAAUGUCCCUGACAGUUCAUCCUCAUAACUCAACAAAAUUGUACAACUGAUCAUUACCCAGUAUGAAAUCCAGAUGAAACAUUUGUUUCGUAUAAGAGAUGUUUGUUCUACUA